AUGACCUUUCACCGUUGCUUCCUUUGUCCGUUUUUCGCGGAGAAACCUACGCGCGUAGUAACGCACAUUGCGGAGGUACACAGCUCUCAGUCGAACUUUGUUGUGCGCUGUGGGGUUGAUGGCUGCUGUCAAACGUUCAAGGUGUUCCAAUCCUAUCGCAGUCACCUUUAUCGCCACCACCGUCAGUACCUCACGCCAUCGGAUGGCAACACCUCUGGAUUCUGCGACGUUGAUACUGAAGAACCAGAAGCUUGUGGGAGCACCGACCCCCUGCAUUUAGAUGAGGGACCCUCUGCCUCGCCGCGCGAUGCCGGGCCUACCGCCCCUCCAUGGGAGACCUUCGACCAAUUCGUGCAGGGAGUGCAGAAGAACAUCUGCAUGUUCUUCUUCAAGCUAGCAGAGGAACAUAAAGUUCCACAUGCUACAUCAGAGAAAAUCUUUGGCGAUUUUCAGUGCCUUCUUGAAACCAUACUAAGCAAGUAUGCAAAGCAGGCCCAACAAGCCGGGGAGAUCUUUGGUGCCAAUGACCCGAAGGACAGUCGCAGAAUAUUUGGCAACGAGUUCCCAGGAUGCUUGUUCGAACAAGUGAAAAGCACGUACCAGCGAGAACAGUUCGCCAUGGGCAACCUGCCUUACGUGAAACCUGAGGAACACUCUCUGGCAAAUCCUCAAAGCUUGUCUUUUCAAUACGUGCCCAUUGGCAAGGUGAUCAAGAACCUGCUUCAAGUACCUGAGCUGUCAAAACAUCUCCUACAGGAGACUGAACAAGAGACGACCGAGCCGCAAAUACUGCGGUGCUUCUGCGAUGGCAAGGCAAUCAAAGAAGUGCCGACUGGUAUCCACAAUGAACCUGUGCAUAUGCUGCACAUUCUGCUGUAUACGGACGAGCUGGGCAUCACGAAUCCCCUAGGGGCAAAGCAGAAGAGACACAAGCUGCUUGUCGUCUACUUUUCGGUGCUUAACCUGCACCCACGCUAUCGGUCGGAGCUCAAGAACAUCCACCUCACCUUGAUGGCGAAAUACCAGGACGUUGAGCGGGAGGGCCUAGACAAAUUGUUACAGCCCCUCCUUCAUGACCUGAACGAGCUCAACAACAAUGGGCUUCAGGUCCAAAUGCAGGGAAGCAUUGUCACCGUGAAAGUAGCAGUUGUAGGAGUUUGCGGUGAUAAUCUCUCCUUAAACAAACUUGUCAACCCAGCACUCAAGAAGAUGUAUGGUGUCACAGGACCUUCUCCUAUGCUGGCACUGGGACACUUCGACGUCACCAAGCAGCUCAUGCCUGAUCUGAUGCACGACCUCUUUGAAGGAGGAGUUGCACUUGUGUUGCACCACGUCCUUCAAGGCCUUGUCUCCGAAGGAACGCUUGAAUUGGCAGAUUUCAAGAAGGUAGCUGCCUUCAAGGGGUGCCUUUUCCGGCUACUGCCCCAGAUGCUUGCAUCCAACAUUCCCGAGGGCAACGCACACUGGGAUCUGUACCUGAGGUAUCGCGAGAUUGUCGACAUGGUCCUAGCAACCGAAGUUCCAGCUGGAUUUCUACCAUACCUGGAAGACCAAAUUCAAGAUUUUCUUCGCGCCUACCAUGACCUGUACCCAUCCGCCAGCGUAACUGCCAAACUGCACUACAUGGUGCACUACCCUCGUAUUAUCUCGGAGUUUGGACCCCUCCGGCAGUUCUGGUGCAUGAGGUUUGAGGAAAAACACCAGUAUUUCAAAAGCAUGGCCUCCAAAGUGAAGAACUUCCGGAACAUAUGCAAAACGCUAACAAUGCGCCAUCAGCUUCUGGAAAGCUACCGACACCAGACCUACGUCCUCGACAAGCCUCUCUCUGCCCUGGGAUCAAGAAAAGUAGACCCUGGCACGCUGCCCCCUUGCGCACAGAGCUUGGCAAGCAAAGGUCAAGUUUGGGAGGCCAAAUCCAUCAGCACCAGCACGGGCGACUACUGCAGGGAUGCCAUACUCGUCAUGGACAAGACAACCAGUCUGAGCUUUGCUCAAGUAACUGCCGUGUACAUAAUUGAUGGGGACCCAAUCCUUCUUCUGGAAGCGCUCCAGGUGGAGGCUUUCCGCAGGCACAAGUAUAGCUUCAAGGUGCACCGGACGGGCAACUUCUACCUUAGGAAGCCAGGAGAAGAAGUGUGCUCUCAACGCCUUGACUUGUACUUGGAUGGUGAACUGGUCCCAAAGUGGGAUCCUUUCUUUUAUCCAUGA